UCAUCAUGGAGAACAAGGAAAACUGCCCAGGGUUAUCGUUACACCAGCCAGACGAUAUAAUUUGGCGGAUAGGGGGUCAAUCAGCCUCUCCCUGUAACAUCGCAUAUGAUACCAAUAGGAACAUUGAUUUCCUUUGGUUCGUCUUCAAGCAGGACGCUCACCACUCGGUCGAUCUGAUGACCCAGCAACACAAAUACAGCCUGGAGAGAAACAGCCUAAAUAUCAACUCACUCCAGGCCAAUGACAGCGGGGUGUACCACUGUGCUGCCUUGUUUAGAGACGUGGUAUGCAGCGGGGCACAGGAGAUAGGGCAGGGCACCACGCUGGUGGUGAGAGAGAGGGGCAUGCAGAUGGCCUGGCAUGUUUUGCUGUUUGUCCUGUUAGCCUUGUACAGUCUGGCAAUACUGAUUCUGAUCAUUCGUAAGAAGACUGGGAAAGACAUUGCCGUUUGCAGAGGCACACAGAAGAGUGACAUCCAGAAGAAUAAAGUUCGAGUACAGUUUGGUGCUGUUGUGCAAGAGCUGUACGGUAAGAGGAACUUACGAAGUAACAAGAAAAACCCCAACCACAGUGGCCCUGCUCAAAACAAGGUUGAAAGCCCCCACUCCAACCAUCCAGAGGACAUUUACCAAAACCAGUGACUCAACAAAAGGAGAACCACUAAUGACAGCUACUUCCCUACACAGACUGAUCUUCAUUCAGGCGGGAGACUAUAAACGAAGGACACUGCUGACCUGCAAAACGACUAACCAAAAUCUAAAACUGACCCUUAGCUUAAACAAAGAGAGUAACCAGACAAAAACAAUCUCGAUUUGAUAAACUUCAAAUUAAUCAGAAAGAAAAACAGAAGUCCCUCUACUGAAUCUGAAGUUCACCUAUUUGAAUAUCCAAUUUUUUUGUCCAUGUUUCAGUUUCAAAAGUCAAUGUAAAUAACACGUGCAAGUUAUUUGAAUGAAGGCUUAUUGUUUUUAAUGGAAACAGUGUAAAAGGACACGUAGGAAACAUUCCCCAACAAAUGAAUGCAAAUCAUUUGAAUGAAAAGUAAUAGCAUAUUUGUUUGGUAUUAACUAUUUAGACAAAGGCACAACAUCACAAUGGUUCAGGUCCCAUGAUAACAGUAUGUAGUAUACACAAUGUCAAAGAAAAUAUCUGUUUUACAUUCAAUUUGUUUGGAGAACAAAGUCUGAAAACGAAUAAACUACGUGAAAGUAA